AUAUCAGAGGGGAAAGCAGCUAGGAUACCUAGCCAUUGUUCUGUGUGCUGCUCCAUCAUAAAGCAGCAAGGGCACUCCUUGGUUCUUAUCCAGCUACAUACACGGAAACAUGUCUCCCAAGAAAGCCAAGAAGAGAUCAGAGGGAGCGAGCUCCAAUGUGUUCUCCAUGUUUGAGCAGGCGCAGAUCCAGGAGUUCAAAGAGGCUUUCACCAUCAUGGAUCAAAACAGAGACGGCUUCAUCGACAAGAACGACCUGAGGGACACGUUUGCGGCUUUGGGCCGUUUAAAUGUCAAACAGGAAGAGAUUGACGAUAUGCUGAAGGAGGCUCCAGGACCGGUCAAUUUUACAGUCUUUCUCACCAUGUUUGGAGAGAAACUAAAAGGUGCUGACCCCGAGGAGACCAUCCUCAAUGCGUUCAAAGUCUUUGACCCUGAGGGAACAGGAACGCUAAAGAAGGAUUACGUGACAGAUAUGUUGACGACUCAGGCGGACAGAUUCUCAGCUGAAGAGAUGGAACAGAUGUUUGCAGCAUUUCCUCCUGACGUAGCAGGGAACCUGGACUACAAGAACCUGGUCCAUAUCAUAACACACGGCGAAGAGAAAGACCAGGAAUAGAUCCCGGCAGUCCAAUGGAUCCUGCUGGUCUCCAGAUACAUCCGCACGCAAACCAAAGUCUAAAUAAAAAAGUAAAAAAAA